AUGUCGGAAAGAAACACUGUUCAUGUCAGUGGGUUUCCAGCAGGAACUAGAGCGAACGAGUUGGCACCUCAGUUUGAGAGUGUUGGGAGACUAGUACGUAUUGACAUUCCGCAAUUGGAUCACUACAAGUCCGGUCCAUAUGCCUUUGUAGAGUAUGAAUCGUUUGAAGACGCGGAAAAUGCAAUAAGAGCCUGUGAUGGGACGCCCUUCCAAAUGAAUCCAUCAUUCAUGCUAAGGGUUCAGAUUGCCAGGUCCAAGGGCAGAAGGGAUAGAGAGCCAAGGGAGUUUAGAGAACCUGCCAACUACAGAGACCGCAGGCGUGAGCGUGAUCCUAGAGAUAAUUUUUCGAGAGACCGUAUGCGGUCGUUUAGAGAUCAAGACGAUAGAAGGCCAAGGUUUGACCCACGAGGCGAUCCAAGAGGCGAUCCAAGAGGACACAAUGCAAGAAGAGGUGGGCCUUCGCGGUACAACAACGCUCCUCCCAGACGUUAUGACGAGAGGCUAGGCGAACCCAGACCUUACGAGCCAGUAUUCGGAAUGCCUGUUCCACCACCGCCUCCUCCGGAAAGAAAGCUUCGCGAUCCAUACCCCAACGAGCUCGCGCACUUUAGACGUACUGGGAAAGGUGUUCCACAGCUUUCUAGUGCUCACGCGGAAGAAUCAUCUGGCAAUGCUUCUGUUUCUUCUCCUGCUCCUGCUCCUGCCUCUGCAACUGCCUCUGCCUCUGCCUCCACUACAUCAAUGGAUGUGGCUGAGGCUUCAGCUGCAGCUGAUACUACGGCUACGGCUACGCAACAGGAACAAGGAAACGAGUCAGAUGGCUCCAACUAUGACCCGAACGAAGCUGUACCGGUAUCAGAACCUGUACCCACUGAAAACACUCAAGAAGCACCUGAAACUGCCGCUGCGGAAACUGCCGUUGCGGAAACUGCCGUUGCAGAAACGCCCGUCUUGGAAAAUCCAGACGCAGCCUCGAACCUCGAGCAGACCGAACACACAACUGCUCCAGAUACUCCGCCUGCUGAAACCACUACUACCCAAGUUUCGGCCGAAAGCCAAAUUCAGUCUUUACCCGAACCCUCAGCCGCACCAUCAGAAACCGAAAAACCUACCGCUUCAGAAGCACGUGACUGA